UCUCAAGCCAAACUUUUUGCAGACGAUCAUAUCCUCUUCCAUUAUGCGUAGAUAUUAUUGUAAAGCUGAUCAAAGCCAGAGUUAUAGUCGCCGUCGUAACAGGCUGCAAAAGACUUACGAUAAUUUACCACAGCAGUCACAAUUAAACCAACCAACGCAUUUUUCAAAUAAUAUUUUGGCUUACGCGCAUACCGAAAAGUAUCGUCAAACCCUACCUCAAAGAGAUACUAAAUUUAAUAGACAUACCGUCAUCGAGGACAAUUGUUAUGACAGAUCCGACGAUUAUUUUGACAUUGUUAUGCAUAGUGAUGAUGCUAUGGUUGAAGAUGUAUCUAAUAAUGAAUAUUUUUACGAGAAUGAACGCAUUGACUCAGAUGGGGAUGAGAGCAAAGUUGUCGAAGAACCGUUGGAUACGUUUGAAGAAUGUAGUGGACAAUACGGUCCAUAUUUCCCCAACUUUACUGCAGCAAUGUUCUUUACAUGGGUGACAAAACAUAUGAUAUCGACUGCUGCAUAUAACGACCUUGUGACGAUUUUACGACAUCCGGAGUUUAAUCCUAGUGACAUUGUGGGUAAUAUACGAAGAUUACGACAAUGGAGAACCCGGUUACCACUACCGAAGAUAUACAGUCACGAUAUUGCAAUAAAACCAAAGGAUACCCCAUCAACUAGCGUGCUAACCAAACCGGCGUAUAUGGUAUCAGUGAAAGAUAUAAUUCAAAAAUGUCUUGAUAAUCCCAAAAUAUAUUCGAAAAUGUACUUCGGUAGUGGUGUUGAGAAAAGUAAAAAGAGUGAAUUUUGGCAUGGGGAGAUUUGGAAGGAGUCGCCAUUUUUCGGUAAAAAUAUGUUGAAAAUUAAUAGAAGUGUUUAUCAUAGUGGGGAGUGUAUUUAUUAUCAAAAAGAAGGCAGCAGAAAUCUUGCCCGGAUUCGAGCAAUCAUUAAAACUGAGGCGGGUGAAGAAUGUCUCAAAGUGGACAGGCUUUUGACAUAUGAAAAACUCCCCAAACGUUUCUACAGUGCAGAGCGAGAGUGUAACCAAGCCACAUCCCAAUGGCUUUUAGAAGGAUUUCCGGUUAUUGUACAGCAACACGAAGUAGUAGCACAUGCAGCCGUUUGGUUUAAAGAUAGUACAACACCUAUCGAAUACGAUUAUGAAGUCGGAGAAAUUAUUUACAAAAUUUACAAUUCUUGGAAAAUCCGAUCGAUUUCUCAAAGACACCAGCUGCCCGCCGAAUAUAUACCCCAAAUUGUAACAUUACCAGAGUUUCCAGUUCUGAAGCUUUUUAUAGACUUAUAUGCUGAUGAGUUUGGGGCUUAUCAGCUCUCCAACACGGUAUCUUUAUGUCAACAAAGCAUGGACAGUUUUGAUUUGCCACAGGGGAACGAUUUUGCAAGGGUGAAGAGACAUGGAGCAAAUCAUGGGUGCCGUACUUGCAUGGCAGAUCAGACGCACCUUACAGAUUCUAAGUAUGACUACAUUGCCAAUGCACGAUUCAAUCAAGAAACUGAACAAAAGAUUGAACAGCUGGAGGAUCUGUCUACCUCACUAGCACGAGAGCGAUGGUCCACAGAGCAUGGCCUUAUGCUAAAACCAGGACCCUUAGAUACGUUGAUAUGGGAUCGUCACAAACAAACGCCCCAAGACGCAUACCAUUCUAUGGCUGGGAAGACACUGAAGCUUCUGGAUGUAACCAUGAAUUUAUUCAGUAAUGGUGGACAAGAACAGUGGCUAUAUCAUUGGAAGCGCAUAGAAAAACCCACAAAAUGGUCAGCAUUGCCGAAUCCUUUAACUCAUCUACAUAGUUUCUCGUUCAGUGAUGUCUUAAACAUUGCAAUGCUGGUGCCAUUUAUAUUACGGCGAUUUCUAGCACCUGCCCAUUUAAAAAGCCAUAUUCGUUGUGAACUUAAAAGGCGUUUGGGCUUGCAACGAGACAGCCAUGUAAUUAACAAUAUAAUCAAGUGUUGGGUAAUUGUUGCAAAGUCGCUAAAAAUGGUGUUCUCGAGCUGCUUCACUGAGCUUGACUACGAUGCUUUACAAUCGACUCUGAACGAAGAACGAGAAAUCUUGGUAGAGAUGUUUCCUGAUACGUUUAAGAAUCUUCCGAAC